UUCGCUGUGUCCAAGUGAUGACCCUGAUUGCCGGCCAUCUCGCGCAGAACGAUCGUAUCUCCGGAGCACACGGUAUCCGGAUCCGCAAACAAGAGAUGAUGCCUAUCAUUCUUACCAGCCCACUCCCGUCCCGGAGUAUCCUCUGCCACUUUACUCCCGCCCACCAUGCCAAGUCCGGAUCAAUUCACAGAUGAACCCUACAUCAACCCCGAUACAAUCUUCCUAAGCCACAUCAUCUCCAAAGCCGCCAUCCUCGCCGCGCCACCCAAGCCACCUUACGAGCAAGAGCUGAUGCUCAAAUACUACCGCGAUGGCCUAGCUCUCCUGAGCGGCACCCGUCUCCCUCCCGACAAUCAUAAGAAAGACGACGCACGGCACAUGCUCCUGAUUGUUACGAAUGCGGCGAAAGCACAUAUCCGCGCGUUUGAACAGCGGUUUCGGGCGGCACGGGGGCCAACGGACUUCGGCGGAUUUAUGGGGCGCGGUGAUGCAGGCCCGGAAACGGUGGCCAAGAUGUGGGAGAGAACGGCGUUGGAUAUUGAGGAGUGGUUGCAGCAGACACCGGAGGCAGGAGAGAGGGAUGCUUGGUGGCCAAUCUUCUUCUGCUCAGCAACAGACAUCGGCCGGGCCUGCCGCAGUAGGAGAAGCAGCUGGCGCUGCCGGCACCAUUGCACCGUCGAGCCUGAGAGAUGGUGACGAGGAGAACGGGACAGAUCCGGACGGGGGCCUCCUGGCCAAGCUCGCCUACGCCUCAUAAGCGUGCCGAGUACCUGAACCGGAGGGCCAAGAACACUGCUUCCAAGUCCACGAGCGAACGACCGCGGCCACGAGGAGGACUAUGGCAAGCGCAGCCGACGGCUGCCAACGUAGAUAUGUCGCCGUACGAGCAGGAGGCGGAUCGCAAGCUUCCCGAGCCGCCUCAGCACCAGAGUAAUCCGGACGGAGACUUAGUUGCUGUCGAAGAAGACGACAAACUCCUCAUCUCCAGUCGGGCGAAUACGA